AUGCCACAACACCAAACUGAUCACUCCAAUACCAGCGGCACAAACUGGGAGAAAAUCGAUCACGAAGAAUUCACCACCUCCGAGGACAUCACAAACAUAGACCUCACCAAGGACCUCGCCCUCCUCCACUACCUCAAUCACCGUCUCAAUCUCAACUUUAACAUCGCCGAGCCCACGAUCCCGCCAACUUCAACUACCACCAUCGACAAUCCCAAACAUUGCUCUCAAGACACCCAGCUCACCGCUACCGACACCAACCCCCCAGCAACCAUCAUCUUCCCGCAACCACCAUACCCACCAUCCCUCCAACGCCCAGUGGCCAGAAUAUCCGUCACCGAUGUAUUCCGUGAAUGGUACCACUUCUGGCACACAAAGGCCCACGACCCUCGCAGUCCCAAAGAGCGAGCAGAGAUCAACAACGCACUAAUCGUAAUCAGCGCAGCAGUCGUCUUCUGGAUUGCCAUCUUGAGCUGGCUUGGCUGA